AAGAUCGUAGUACAUGUAUCCAUUUCUAAACGCCAACCAUGGCCACCAAGAUGCGCAUCGUGAGCGACCGCGCUGUUGACGCGUCCUCGGACGUGUCGGGGGACCGUGGCCGACGUGUCGAGACGCAGAGUGACUUGGAUGCGGGUGAUCUAGCUCUUCGUGCCUCCGUUAGUGCUGCCGUGCUGCUACCCGAGCUCUGGAGCUCUCAUUGCCACAAGUGCUUUGCCACGGGUGUUCGGCUCAGCCGCUGUGGCCGCUGCAACACGGCCUUCUACUGUAAGUCAGCGGUAGAUAACCGAACACACUUUUUCCACUGGGUAUUUGUGCUGAUUGAUUGUUGUGUAGGUUCGAAGGCGUGCCAGCAAGCCGACUGGGUGCCGGACCAUCGCAAGGAGUGCAAGAGUCUGGCACAACUGGCACAGCUCGGACUGCGUAGCGACCAGGUGGCAGACGUGCUACUAUUGGGACGUGUCUUGAGACGCGAAAGUGGCGAGGGACUGCUGCCUUCAGAGCUCGUGUGGUACGAGGAGGACAUGGACGACCAGGAGCUCCUUCUUCUGGCGGCGCUGGCACAGAAAAUCAACUUAGUGGAUGGUAAGGAGAACGAGGAAGAAGAAGGCAUGUGGCUUCUUGCAACUGUGUCUUACGUGGGCGUUGUUGCUGCAGAGUCGUUCUCGAUGGACGAGAUGGUGCGCAUGCUGAGUCGCUUCCGCAACAACAACUUCUCCAUUUGCGACGAGCUGCUGUUGGAGCUGGGGGCAGGCUGCUUUCCACUCGGUGCAAUGAUUAACCACAGCUGCGAUCCGAACUGUGCUGUCACGUUCGUUCCUAAAACUCUCGACAUGGAGUUCCGAGCGAUGAGGCCCAUCAAGUCUGGCGAGGAGAUUACACAAACUUACGUCGACAUUGGGCUGCCACGCCGCGAGAGGCAACAGCGACUGCAACGCAAGUAUCAUUUUACUUGCAGGUGUCCGCGCUGCUCGCGGCCUCUUCAGGAGCCUGGAAGCUUGGAUGCUUUUCUCGAUGCUGAUAUCGAUGGCGUCCCACAAGAACAGUGGACUGAUGAGCGCCGACAAGAGGUGGAGCAGGUACUCAAGGAAGUCAGCGAUGCCACGAGUGCUGUUGCCAGCGAGACGGACCUAGCCAAGCAACAACAGCAAUGCAUUGAUGCAUUGCAGAAGCUGGCCGAACAGCAGAGUAUUAUCCUCCAUCAUGACAGUAUUGCACGGUUGCAGACGCUAGCGACGCUUUUUAGUGCCGAGAUGGAGCGUGGAAGUGUGGAGGAAGCCAUUGGAUACGGAGAACGCAUGCUGGAGUUCUAUCGCCGUGUCUACAAUUCCAACCAUCCGAUGACGGGGCUUCAUUUGUUUACCCUGGGCGAUCUGUACGGCCAACAGGCACAGGCAGGAACAGGAGCAGAGGAGAGCAAGCAGAAGUCGUUGGAAUAUCUGACCGAGGCGCAGCGUAUCUUGCGGAUCACCCAUGGCAAGGAUCACCGCUUUGUGAAAAUGCUAUCAGACAGGCUGGAGAAGGUGUCAGCAUGAUAGUCAUCGGAUACAGUUUUAUUCCCAGAGCGAUAAAGCUACAAAAGUUACUCUUUCGAGCGUGAAUGCCUAGAACAGAUUUGGAUAUCACACAUGUUGCAGAUAAAUGUACCUCAAUCUGCAGUCUAAUGAAAAUAUUCUGAUUGGAUAUUUAGACCCGAAAAAAACCCCGGCCCAAUUUUCCCGACCCCGGCGGGG